AACAUCAUUGUCACCGAACCCAACAUCAUCAUUAACAAUAAUGAAUAGUGACAAAUUUGCUCCUAACAUUCUUAAAUGUUGUCAUUAUAUUUCACAGAUACAGCCGGGGGGGGGAAUCCAUAGACUGUAUAUAAACAGGGGGAAUCAGAUCAAUAACAACAACCACCAGGUCUGUGUGUUUCCAUGGAGACAUGUUGUUUAGGUGAAGGUGACUUUCAGGUGUCACAGAUUACAACAACAUAAAAAACAUUGAUAACAUAAAGGAACUGUAGCUCCGCCCACUCUGUUCGUCUCCAUCCAAUCACCUCAGAGAAACCUGUUUAUAGAUAAAAGUCCGAGCUGCUGCACAAACUUAAAGACAGGAUUUUACUGGGCCUGGUUCUGGGGCUGGUGCUUCGGGCCCUGGUUCUUCUGGUGCUGGUUCUUCUGGUGCUGGUGAUUCUGGUCCUGGUUCUUCUGGUCCUGGUGCUUCUGGUGCUUUUGGUACCAGUGCUUGAGUUUGGACAUAUGGAGCGUCGUCAGAGUCUGGAGGAGCAGCUCAAGUGUCCUGUUUGUCUGGAUGUCUUCACUGAACCACUAAUGUUACAGUGUGGACACUCCUACUGCAGGUGUUGUGUGCGCUCCAUGACGAUGGACCUGCUCGGGCAGCUGCAGUGUCCCGUAUGUCGCUGUGCGGUGGACGGAGACAAUCCUCCUCCCAAUGUUAGUUUGGCUCGUAUUAUUGAGGCUCUGCAGGAAGUGAGUGUUCCAAGUGAAGCUCAGCUGAAGUCGUGUCCUCAGCAUCACAACCCUCUGAUUCUUUACUGUGAAGAUGAACUGAUGUUGAUCUGUGGCCUCUGUGGAAGCAUCGGUUCACAUCGAGGACACAGGAUCACACCUGUCAGCUCCGUCUACGGACGCAUGAAGAUGACAGUGGACUUCAGGAGGAGCCGCCCUCACCAUCCUCAACAGCAUUGUGUUUGCUGUAGAAGACUUCAGGAGGACAUUUCCUGUCUGAUGACAGAGUUCCAGCAGCAGAAGCGUCGACUUGAGGAUCACAUUUGUAAACUGUCAUACAACAGAUCCAGAAUCACAAACGAGUCUGAUGUGCUGAAGUGGGUGGUGAGGAAGGAGUUUGGUGAACUACGACGUUGCCUAGAGGUGGAGGAGGUGGGGUUCAUGCAGCAGGUGGAGACGUCUGCCGCAGUCCUCAUCUUGUCCCUCCAGAACCAGACGGACCAGCUAAACCAGAACCUGCACCGGCUGCAGGAGGCCCACAACACCCUGCAGGACCUGAGCAAUGAGGGACAUCUGGACUUCAUAACGAAGUACGGCUCAAUCGCUCCGAGGUUCCGAGAGAGUCAGGAGCUCCACCAGAGGGAGGAGAGACUCUUCAGUUCAGUCAACUUCAAACCAGGCUUCAACCACAACGACGUCAAACUCACUGUGUGGAGGAGACUGCAUCGCAAAGUCCUGCCAGCACCAGAGAUGUUGAAGCUGGAUCCUCAGACUGCUCACCCCAUGUUGGAGCUCCAUCACGGGGACACGGUGGUCGUCUGUGGGGCUCUGCUGCGGAGACUUCCUGAUAAUCCAGAGAGGUUCAUUUACAGUUACUGCGUCCUGGCCAAUCCAGGCUUCUCUUCUGGGAAACACUACUGGGAGGUGGAGGUGGGGAUCAAACCCAAGUGGCGUCUUGGUCUGAUCAAAGGAACAACCAGUCGGAAGGCCAAGCUGGUGAAGACCCCAGAGGGCGGAGUGUGGCUGAUCGGACUGAAGGACGGAGUUUAUGAAGCCUUCACUUCACCAAGGGUGGUCCUUCCGCUGACGGUGCCCCCCCGCCGGGUGGGACUGUUCCUGGACUAUGAGGGCGGAGGUCUGACCUUCUAUAACAGCGACAAUCCUGACGAGCUGGGUUUCAUCUACAGCUUCAGACUGGAGGUCCAGGGGAAAGUCUACCCCCUGCUGGAUGUCUGCUGGCACGACCGAGGAGACAACAAACAGCCUCUGGCCCUUGCCCUGCCUCACAGGGUGCAGCUCCUCCCCCUCAGCCUCCCCCUCCCCCACAAACAAGACAAGUGACAGAAUGGCCAUUUAGUAUCUGUCAACUUUCAGCUGAGAUCAUCCUCUUUACCCCUGAAAUGUUUCUCAUUAAUAAAUAAAAAUAAGCUUCUA